AUGCCUUCGAACGAUUCAAAUUGGACGACUGUGUCGGGAAAAGCAAAAACAAAAGCAGCUCCAUCUUCAACCAAAUCAUCAGCAGCACCUGUUAUGCCCAAGGCAGAAACCAAAUCGAUUAAACUUUCCGAUAGUGCAUUUAGUUCAAUGAAAGAGCGGAUACCAGAUGAAAAUGAUGAAAAUCAAGUAAAUGUAACGAAGAUACCAAAGCCAACAGCGACGAUUGAUAAAGCAUCCACGAUGAAACCAACCAAAUCGACUAAACAGACAUCGAGUGCAUUAGCAUUGAAGCAAGCACUUCAAAAUAUCAACUUGGAUGAAUUGAAGCAACUGUAUGCCACAUCGAAAGAUAACACGUCCGUUUGGGUAGAAAAAAUUUGUUAUUGGUUUGUGAACCAAUUCAAAGAAGUAACAUCUGGCUUAAGUGAUCCAACUUUUGCUAAAGAAACGAAUGAUGAAUACCCAUUGAAUACAUUAUCAACAUCAGUUCGAGAUUAUCUAAAAGAAAUUUUCGAUACACAAUCAAAAUUAAAAGCUAUUGUACUCUGUCGAAAUGGUAUUCUGAAUCCGAAUGCUGAUCUCAAUGUAAUUGUUGGAUAUCAAACAUUAUUGCAAUACUUUCUUCGUCAUCUCAAUGAACGACCGAACGAAUCCUUUCUCGACGAUGUUGACGAACUAUCAACAUCAUUAAAACGAUAUCCAUCGGAUAAGGUACUUCGAUUACUCUGGGCUUACAGCCAAUUGCAAUACGAACAUCCGGCUUUAGCAGUCGAUGUCUGGUUUCGCUUGAUGUUUCCAUUGAUUGAAAAUCGAACAUACAACCAAUUCGCUGUGGAAAAUUUAUCUCAUUUAACAUCACGAGACUUCAAAAACAAGAAAUUCCUUCGAACGGAUGAAGUCUUUCCUGUUGAAUCGUACGUCAAACUACUUGAUUUCAUCGAUCGACCAAAUCCAGCUUUAACACGAGAAAUGCGUUCAUCAUUGGCAAAAAGUGCCAACAUUCUCUCCGAAUUGUUUGUUAGUAACAAGAAAAAUCUGUCGAAAAAUUCGACCGAAUAUUUCGAGGCUCUAUUUCCGUAUGUUUCCACCGACAAACAACGUUCACCAAAGAGUCAAACAGCUAUUGAUCGUAUGAUUGUCGCUUGUUGUGCUGAUCAAUCCAUCGUUAAAACAUGGUCGACACUUCAUAAGAAAUAUCCCCAAAGCUCUUUGAAUCUUUUAUCGUUAUUACAUACGAAUGAAGCAUCAAUUCCGGUAUUAUCAUCUUCAAAGGACCUACGUACCAUUGUCCAACAAUUACGAACGAUUUCCAAUGGAGAAAAUAACGAUACGAAUCACAAUGAAUUCCUGCGUGUUUAUGCGAAAAAUGAUUCAGUUUUUGUUAGUAAACGAAAAAUGCGUUCCAAAUCAAGAUCGGGCUUGAUUUUCAAACUACUUGUUUUUCUCUCACUUGCCUACGUGAUCUACUCGAAUUGGUUAUGGCUAACAGUUGCUGCUGAUUAUCUACUCGAAGAUUAUCUCAAACAUCCAACAGCAAUUGUAAUCAAAGAACGUCUAUCCGACGCGUGCAAAGAAACAAAGAAACUGAUUGCGACCUCGACCACGGCCGGUGAACAAUAUAUUCGUUCAUCUUUGACAAAAAUGGAACCCUAUAUCAUUCAAUUCGGUCACUAUUUACAAAAACAAUGGACGCUCUUGUUGAAAUACAUUGAAGGUCCUGUUUAUGACAAGAGUAUCGAACUAGCUGAACAAAUCCAACGUUUAUCACUCAUAAUUUUUAAUCAAAGCGUUCACUACUUGAAUGUUUUCUUCGAUAUGGCCAGUUAUUAUGCAGCGAAUUUAGCAAGUUUAACGGGAAUUUAUGCAAAGCAAUUCUACGCUGUUGCUUAUGACAAAUGGACACAUUUCGAUUUUAAACAACUACAGGACAAAUUUGAUCAACUUCGAAUGCGUGUUAUCAAAUCAGUUUAG